AUGCAAGAUCUUGACUUCAGUGAAACUGUGAGAGUGAUAGAUUUGACGAGACGUACAAUGAGAUGUGCUGGAAUUUGGCCAGAGGAAGUUCAGGAAUCAAAAUUUAUAUUCUUCACAACGUAUCUGGCUAUUCAUUGUUCAUUAGCGAUCAUUGAUAUUGCGAUGAAUAUAUCAAAUUUAACAUAUAUCGUUGCGUGUUUAUUGGAAAAUGUAUUCAACCUGAUGGCUCUUUUGAAGAUAUGCAUUUGUAGGAUUAAGAGAAAAUCAUUAACGAAACUUUUACAAGACAUCAGAACAGAUUUUAUCAUUGAUAAUUAUAAAAGCAGAGACGAACAAAUGGCUUUUUUAAAUUACAACAAAUUCAGUCAGAAAUUUGUAAGAUUGACCUUGAUCAUAUGUUUUGCAGCAGCUUCAUCGUAUUACUUCAUGUCUUUGGUGACGAAUGUAGAAAUGGUAAUUUCUAAUUCAUCUUAUGGAUACAGAUUACCGUAUAGAGUUUGGCUUUUAAUCGAGCCUACUGAUGUGAUAACAUACGUCUGUCUUUGUUGUUAUCAAUUUUUAAUAAUACCUAGUAUUGUCUUUGGUUACGUUGGUACCGAUUGUCUUUUUGUUAGUUUAGUACUUCAUGUCAGUGGAUUGUUUUCUGCACUCUCUUGUAAGGUAAAACAUGUAUUGGAUGAUCCGCAAGAUCGACAACGUCGUAUGAAAAAUCUAAUUGUUAGACACGUUCGAUUAAUUAGAUUAUCAGAAUCUCUAGAAGACGAAUUUAAUUUAGUGAUUUUGCAACAAUUAGUAGGAAAUACUUUUCAACUUUGUCUUUUGGGAUAUGAUACUCUUGCAGUAAGUUUUGAAAUAAUUCAAGAGUAA